AUGUCGCCGAAACCUCGACUCGAAGGUAAAGUCGCCAUCAUCACCGGUGGGGCUUCUGGCUUCGGUUGGGGAAUAGCAACCAAGUUCGUUCAAGAAGGCGCAAAAGUCAUAAUUGCCGACUUGUCAGCGGAGUCAGGCCAGAAGGUUGCUGAUGAACUAGACUGUCAUUUUGAGGUGGCCGAUGUCACAAGGAAAGAUCAUUGGGACAGAUUGCUGCAUCGUACUCGUGAUAUUUUCGGGCAACUUGACAUUGUUGUAAAUAAUGCCGGAGCAACAUACGCCAACAAAGCUACCGAAGAUGUCACUGAGGAAGACUUCGACCUUGUCAUGAACGUCAAUGUCAAAUCCAUCUAUAUUUCGACCAACGUCAUCCUGCCAUACUUUCUCUCAACGAAGAGACCUGGUUGCUUCAUCCAAAUUGCUUCAACUGCUGGUGUACGACCACGGCCCCGUCUGACAUGGUAUAACGCUAGCAAGGCAGCAGUUAUCAAUGCCACAAAGACUAUGGCAGUCGAGUAUGGCCCCCACAGCAUCAGAUUCAACUCUAUCUCACCUGUAGUGGGCUCGACGGGCAUGACACACCUCUUUCUAGGGAAACCAGAUACUGAGGAAAACCGCAAGGCUUUCGUGUCUGUUGUUCCGCUUGGCAGAGGCUCUACACCCGAAGAUGUUGCCAAUGCGUCAUGUUAUCUAGCUAGUGACGAGGCGUCUUUCAUUACAGGUGUCAAUAUUGAAGUAGAUGGCGGAAGAUGUGUAUAA